CAGGUCUGCACAGGUUUGCACCAUCAUGUGUGCUGAAGCUGAAGUGUGCGUGUGCAUAUGUGAAUGACGCUGCCUCCUGCUCCACCUCCUCCCACCUCCAUUGCCGGCAUCCUUGUGUUCUGCACCCCUCUGCGGAGGACUCGUCACUGCAGCUGAGCUGUCACAGCCCUAGCAGCUUCAGCAUCAUUCCCUCAUCCGUCUCUGCAGCAUCCUCUCCAUCCUCGAAACCAUCCAUUUCUCACAAGCAUCACAACACUGCCAAGCUGCACACACCCCCUUUCUCUCGAAUCUCCUUCCUCCAGCGUCUGUGUGUCAAACAAGACUACAGGCAGGCAGUUGCAUCCUGGGCUAGUUUACCCUGCUGCAUCCCCCUCUUCCCUUCUGCUCGGCUGGGCUUCUCACCGCGACAGUCCCCCUCUCCCAUCCUCUUCACUAUCAUCUGCUCUCCGAAGCAUCGUUCAGGGAAAAGCAGGCAAGCUGUCUCUUCUUCCUGUGAAAGUGUCUUUUGGCUGGGCAGCUGGUCUUCCGCUGUCCCUCUGGAGGAUGAUCCUGUGGAUGAAGACAGAGGAGAUGGCCCUGGGGGAGUUGCUGGAGAGACUGAGGACCGUCUCCCAAAACAUAGAUGAAAUCAUGCAGCUGGACAGCAGUCCUCUCCGAGCUGCUGACAUCACCCCUGACCUCAAGAAGCAGUUUGCCUUCCUUUCAGGGGGGAGAGGAGACAAUGGCAGCCCUAUCAUUGUGUUCCCAGAGUUCCCUGCAUUUGGAGAGAUCACCGACAGAGAGUUUCACAACGUGCUGACCUAUUUGACUAGUGUUCCCAGCUUGUCGUCGACAGGCGUGGGUUUCAUCCUGGUCAUUGAUCGCCGGCAAGACAAAUGGGCGGCUGUUAAGGGGACCCUGCUCCGUAUUGCAGGCUCCUUCCCAGGGAACCUCCAGCUGGUCCUGGUUCUGAGGCCCACCACCCUCCUGCAGCGCACACUGUCCGACAUCCUCUUCAAGUUCAACAAGGAUGAGUUCAAGAUGAAGGUGCCGGUGAUCAUGCUGAGCUCUAUAACUGAGCUGCACUCCUACAUCGACCGCACCCAGCUGACCCAGGAACUCGGGGGAACACAGGAGUACUGUCACGAGAAGUGGAUCUCUCACCGCACUGCUAUUGAAGGCUUUGCGCUGAUGGUAAAGAAAACGGCACAGAUCCUGCAGUCAUUUGGGACUGAGCUGGCUGAAACUGAACUCCCAAAUGAAAUCAAGGCCACAACCAUCCUGCUCAGCACACACACCAACAAGAAAGAAAAAAUGAAGGAGGAUCUGAUGGUGGCUCUGGGUCAGGGUAGCAGGCUGUUGGAGAGCAUCAAUGAGCCUGUAGUACGAGACCCUGACCACAACAUGAACCAGGAUGAACUAGAGAACCUAGCUACAGUGCAAAGACUGCUGUCUCAGCUGGAUGAGACAGAAAGGGCUUUCGAUGAGUUCUGGGUGAGGCAUCACACCAAACUGGAGCAGUGUCUCCAACUGCGCCACUUUGAGCACAACUACAGAGAGGUGAGGGCUCUGCUGGAUCAGGUGUCUGAGAAACUUGCAACCUUCUCUGAGGUUGGGAUCAGCCCAGCCCACGCUGAACAUAUCUUCUGUGAACUCACCACCUAUGAGGAGAGAGUCUGUGAGGUGAUGGACAGAGCCUUGGCCUUGUCUCGUGAGGGUGAUGAACUCAUCCAGAACUCGCACUAUGCUGAAGACUCCAUUCAGCCCAAAUGCAACGAGCUCAGAGCGGUCAGCGAGAGCGUGAGCAGCAGCCUGAGGGCCAAGAAGGACCAUCUUCUCAAAGCCAUGGAGCUACAUCAAUGUUUGGAGAGGGCUUCUAAAUGGGUUGAUGACGGCAUAUACCUGCUGGCAUCUCAGCCAGUAGACAAGUGUCAGUCACACGAGGGGGCUGAGUUAGCCCUGCAGGAGCUGGAGCGUUAUCUGGAUAACGCAGGCCAGAACCAGCUGACAGACCUCAGCACCAUCUGGAAAGAAUAUGAGGCUGUGCUCAACCAGCAGUUCAAGGACCAAGUGGAGAAGAUUUUCCAGAAGCAGGUAUCUAUGCAGGAGAUGUUUGACAAGAGGAGGGUCAGCCUGAAGAAGCUAGCAGCCAAACAAACCAGGCCGGUGCAGCCGGUAGCCCCCAGACCAGAGGCCUUCAUCAAAUCCCCUCUCAGCUCACCUGCACACAGAGCUCAGCAGGAGAAACACUGCUCAGAGUCGGACUCUGGGACCAACUGUGAGAAAGGAAAAGGCCAACUGCAGAAUGGAGACAAUAACAGCAGACAUGCUUCUCUGUCAGAGGAGGAGGAGAACCUGGCAGUGCUCAGGAGGCACGUGAUGAACGAGCUGCUGGAAACUGAGAGAGCCUAUGUAGAGGAGCUGCUCUGUGUAUUGCAGGGUUAUGCCUCUGAGAUGGAUAAUCCAGCAGUGUCUCACCUCAUCCCUGCUCCUCUGCAGAACAAAAAGGAGAUUCUGUUUGGCAACAUGCCUGAAAUUUACCACUUCCACAAGAGGACGUUUCUGAGAGAGCUGGAGUUGUACACCGACUGCCCAGAGUUGGUUGGAAGGUGUUUUCUACAGAGGAUGACAGACCUGCAGAUCUAUGAGAAGUACUGUCACAAUAAGCCUCGCUCUGAAAGCCUCUGGAGGCAGUGCUCAGACUGCGCCUUCUUCCAGGAGUGUCAGAAAAAGCUGGAACAUAAACUGGGUUUAGAUUCUUAUCUGCUGAAGCCUGUUCAGAGGAUCACCAAAUAUCAGCUGCUACUGAAGGAAAUGCUGAAGUACAGUAAGGGCCGUGAGGGAGCUGCUGACCUGCAGGAGGCGCUGACCUCCAUCUUGGGCAUCCUCAAGGCCGUCAAUGACUCCAUGCACCUCAUCGCCAUUACAGGAUAUGAGGGUAAUCUGAGUGAGCUGGGAAAGCUGCUGAUGCAAGGGUCAUUCAGCGUGUGGACGGAGCACAAGAAAGGCCAUGCCAAGGUUAAGGAUCUGGCCCGUUUCAAGCCCAUGCAGAGACACCUCUUCCUCCAUGAGAAAGCCCUGCUCUUUUGCAAGAGGCGGGAGGAGAAUGGGGAAGGCUACGAGAAAGCUCCCUCAUACAGCUUCAAACAGUCACUGAGUAUGAGUGCAGUGGGCAUUACUGAGAAUGCAAAGGGAGACAACAAGAAGUUUGAAAUCUGGUGCAACUCAAGAGAAGAGGUUUAUAUUGUUCAGGCACCAACAACUGAAGUAAAAACCACUUGGGUAAAUGAGAUCAGGAAGGUUCUGACAACUCAGCUGGAAGCAUGCAGAGGUACAGAAAGAGAAGCCAGCCAGCAGAGGGCACCAGACCAGGUUUUCCAGUUCCCCCCUGUGCCCAGUGCAACAGUAAGUCUCAGUCCAUUCAAGACCGGUCAGAAGAGCUUUAAAAAGGGAGAGGAGAAGAAAGCUGAACCCUGCAGCCCUGAUGUCAACUCCUCUUCUUCACCAAAGCCCACAGGAAAAGAUGAGGCUGUGACAAGCCCUACCUCAGACAGAGCUGCUGUGGCUAAAAAACGCUUUACUUUACAAGGCUUCAGUAACCUCAAAGCUCAGAAAGGAUCCCCCACGAGCCCUGAUCACAAGACGAAACGCCAGAGCGACCCAACGCCUUUCGGCUUCAAAGAUGCAGGUCCUCCACCCCUCCACCUGAGCAGGGCCAGGUGGUUCAGCACCUCUAGUCUCUUACAGACAAAGUGGAGAGGCUGGAACAAGGCUUCCCUGUCACUGGAUGCCUCAGAGGAGCAUGAUGGCUAUUCCAGCGCAGAGGAGCCUCUUAAUUCUGACCCAGAGGAUGAAAACGGCAAGAAGCUGUGUGCCGGAAAAUAUACAGUUAUCGCCGACUACGAGAAGGGCAACGCUCAAGAGCUCUCAGUGAAGAAUGGAGACAUUGUGCAGCUGGUCAAAGAGGGAGAUGAUGGACAGUGGUUUGUACGUAACCUUAGCACCUCUAAGGAGGGCUGGAUUGCUGCUGCUAAUCUUAUCACACUCAUUGGAAAGUCCAAGUCUUGCCAGUCACUCACCAGCUCAGAAGGAAGUGGCUCUGGAAACCUCAGCACAUCGUCCAGCUGCAGCGAGACCUACACAAGCUUCUCUGACAUCAAACCCUGAAUAACUGCUCAGCACUUCCUCCAUCACCAAACGGCCCUCUUCAAUGCUAGCAUCAUGUGGCUAUCUGUGCUGUAAUGCCAACACCAGUGCUCAUAAGUAUUUUGUCAGGUUUCCACAGAAAGCUGUAUUUUUUUCAUGAUUUUUAUCACGCACUUGCACCACAUAUUGAGACAAUGGCACAUUAUAGAUUUGACUGUGGUGCCAUUGCACAGUGAAGAUACAGCCUAGAUGCAUAUGUUACACACAGUAAUUUCAUAGUAUAGUAAAAUGAUCUUCCUCUAGUCACACACUUGUCUGUUUAUUUUUUAUGCAGGAUCUGUGUGAUUCUAAUGUAAUAGAUGUAUGAAUGGGCCAGCAGGACUGAUCUCAGUUAAUGCAUCUAUUUGUGUUCGCAUUAAAAAUGGAGAAAGAUUAGUGAUCAAACGUGGAUGACAGUUGUUUUUGUGUUCAUCUGCACUAAUUCACCCAAGAGUUUACAUUUCCGCCAUUACUGUAAAUAAGAAAAGAGGGCAAGAGAUAAAUGCAUACAGCUUGUUUAGCUUGAAUGAAUGUUUUCUGAGGGUCUAAUCACCUCUGUCCUCUGCUUUUUUUCCCCUUUACAUGUUUAUUUAUUUGUAAGAAAUGAAAACGCCCACAUAUUGUAUGUUUAGCCAAUUUUAAAUUGGCAUGUCAUCUUUUCUUACUUUCUUUUUAUUCUCUUCCUGUCUGCCAUUUUUCUCUCUGUCAGCCUGUCAUUAGGAACCUGUUAUGUCACCAGCUGUCCGGACUUGACUGUGUAUGAGCUUUUGUCUUUUCAAGUCUCUGAUGGCUUCAUUGUCUAACUCUGUGGGUUUUCAUGUACGCUGCAGUUUAAAAAUGUUUCUCAGUGUGAAUAAUCAGAGAUCACUGUAUAUCGCUAACUUAUUCCCUGUGAAGGGAUCAUGUUAUGAAUGUAGAUAUUGUUCAUUAAUAUCUGUCCGUCAUGAAAUGUUUAUUGGAGAUGCUAUAUUGUACAUUAAGUACGGUGAUGUCACUACUUUGUGACUUGUCUAAUUUUUUUUUUUUAUAUAUAAAUGACUUGUGAUAAUUCA